AGCAGAGGAGAAGCAGGAAGAAAAACCUGAUUGUUUUGUUUCCAAACUGUGAGAUAAUGAGGAAGAGAAUGAAGAUCGAGUGACGGUGAAGGUGACGUUCAGCUGGUGAACAUGUGGAGGAGCGACUCGACCGGAGGAGCGGAAAGGUUCGAGUUCCUCCAGACUCUGGUGACGGAGUUCCAGGACACGGACAGUGGAGAGGCCAAGGAGCAAGUGCUGGCUAACCUGGCCAACUUUGCAUAUGACCCGAAGAACAUGGAGUAUCUGCGGGAGCUGCAGGUGACGGACCUCUUCCUGGACAUGUUGACCGAGGAGAAUGAGAACUUUGUGGAGUUUGGGAUGGGAGGGUUGUGUAACCUCAGCAUGGAGCCGCAGUGCAGAGACAUCAUCCUGAGGAGCAGCGGGAUCAGCUUAGUCACCAAGUGUCUGUCGAGCCCGAGGGAAGAGACCGUCCUGUCGGCCAUCACCACGCUCAUGAACCUCACCACGCCCCAGUCACGCUCUGACGUCACCGCCCCAGCCAUCCUGCAGUGCAUGCUGCGCUUCUCCCUCCCGGAGAGCCCCCCCCGCCUGCGCAGCCUGGCAGCUGUGUUCCUGCAGGACUGCUGCAGCCAGGAGCAGGUGGCCCGGGCACAGCAGCAGAUGCAGGGUCAACAGACGGCAGUCGGGAUCCCGCUGCCCAAAGACAGCUGAGGUGCUUCCUCUCUGUGAGUGAAGGCAGUGUCUUGUACUGUGCGGCCAUAAGCAUGUGGACAUUCCAAGUGCAGAAUGUAUAGGGAGUGUUUGAAACAAGAAUCUGGUCACAGCCUGUAGGGUCCAACAGGAGAAUCCCCUGCAGCUGAUGUUCUUUCCCUGAACUUUGGAUUCAACCUGCUGCUCUUCUGCAUCUUCCAUCAAAGUGCACGUUCAUAACAGAUGAUGGAGUUCAGUUGCUAUGUUUAUUCUGACCACACGAGGGAGACUGGCGGGUUUCAGUUGAAGUGAAGGGUUCUGUUAGUGCUUUCGCCUGUGGACCACACAGCAUGAGCCUAAUGUCAUAAAUAAUAAAUAACAUCUAUUUUUGUAGAGCUCAAAAUGUUUGAAGUGUUGUGACUGAUAUUGUUUGUAAAACCCGGCUCACCAUCUGCAGGAGGGUCACGGUUAUGUCCUGAAAUGUAAAAUCCAAACCCCAAAUAUGUAGAAUAAAGAUCUCUACAUAAACCUUGA